AUGAAAACUGAAGGAAAUGCUGAUGAAAACCAGUAUCUGAUGCAAAGAAUACGUGUUUUGAGAUUAUUCAAGCAGAUAUUACGAACUGGCAGAACUUGGGAAGCCAAAGAAGCUGAAAAGACAUCAGAACAGAAGGUUUAUAUCCGAAACGAGGCCUUCAAACGGUUCAGGGAGAACAAAAACGUUAGUUCUUAAAGUUUUAAAUAUAGUAUAGCUUUGAAAUUAGUUAAUGAUUGUUUUCAAGGUUUUGAAUGUUGUUUUAGACAUAAUUUUAUAGGUUUUAAUGAUAUUUGAACUUGAUUAACAAGGAUAAUAUAAUUUUAGGUGUCGAACAGCGAAGAGAUUGAAAAACUGAUUGAAGAAGGCGAAAAACGGCUUGAAAUAGGGAAACAUUACAAGCUGCCAUACGAACGACCAGCUUAUCUUCAUCCAGGAGCUUCUUUCGGUAAGAUUUGACUUGAGUUUUCUAAAUUUAUAUCCAAGUAUGUUAUAAUUAGAUGAAUUAAUGAAAACAAGUCUAAAAUGAAGGCUAAACUUUAUCUUAUCUGACUGCCAAGGAUGUAAACGAUCUUGUUUCAGAUGUGCAUGUGCAAAACAAACAGUUUAGAAUCCGUUCUGGCGCCGCUUCGAAGCUUCCAUUCGGCGGAGGGAAGCGAAAGUGAUUCUUCGCUAAAACACCUUCUGAAUCUUUAUUUUUCAUGUUCUCCGGCUAUUUUUGAGCAAGAUUUGAGUCCGUUUAUCUCUCUACCAGUCGAUGAUUUGGAUGUUUUGUUUGGAAACUACGAAAUUCGACAAAAAUUCCCAUUGAAAGCGUCGUUUGAACGAAGAUUCUUGAAGUUAUUGAGUGAUAAGGUGGGUUUUUAUACUUUUUUUUGUGAUUUUUAGGUCAUUGUCAAUCUUCUUGACGUUUUGUGAGUGUAACAAACGGCAGAAACUUUGAAAAACGUCUAAAAAUGCGAUGUAUAUUGAGAAAGGUAUAGGAAAAGCAGGAAAAAUGGUUAUGACAUGCUUUUGGUCAUAACUUUUUUUAGAGAAAAGGAAGCGACUAGUAAUUUACCGUGGUUAAAGGUUAUAGUUUUGGUUAACUAUUGUAACAAAAAUCUUUUUUUAAUUUAGUUUUCUUUUCCAGUUAUGAUAGAUUCAAAUUGGCAUACUUUCUUUUAUUUUCUUCUUUCUCAAAGCAAAUAUUUGGGGUUAGGGGCACAGAUUAUUUGAACAACCUAAUGAACUCUUUAAAACUCAAAAAAGGCGAAGAAAUUGUCAUGUUUCUUAAAAUAACUUAAUAUUUCAGCUAGCCAAGCACAAUGUCUACUCGGAUGGAGUGUUUGCCGCAUUAGCUGGAGCCAUGCAAAAUACGUUCGAAACGUUUCAUCGUAUGUUUCUACAUCCGAAACUACAAAGUCCGUUGAUUAUUGAGGAGAAGAAUCAGGCUAUCAGUCAAGGAACUACUGGGUUGAGCACUUGGGGCGUGAGUUUUUUAAUUUUUGUUUGGAAUUUAGGCUUAGGGGUGUAUUUGGAAGGUUUUUACAAGAAUAAUACUUGCUUCUAUACUAAUUAUCAAAGAGAAUACUUUUCAUUUUCAAUUUUUAUAAUUUUAUUAAUUAUGACCUUACAGGCCGCUUACCUCUUAUCCAACUACCUCAUCCAAACUUCCGAAGUCACUUCAAACCUUAACAAAGAUCACCCACUAAAAGUGCUUGAACUAGGUGCAGGAUGUGGACUAGCUGGACUCAGUUUGGCCAAGGCUUUUAUGUCCAUUCAGCUAACAACGACUGAUUGUGAUAUGAAUGUGUUAGUUCAGUUAAGGAAGAAUGUUUUAUUGAACUUUGGAGAAGAACAACGGGUUAAAGUGGCAGAACUGGACUGGUUUAAAAGUGAAAAAAAUGAGGUUUUAAAAGAGGAAUUUGAUGUUGUUAUUGCCGCUGGUGAGUUGGAAUUUUAGAAAUAUUUAAAAAUUUGAAACGUUUAGAAAAAUAUGCUUUUUUAAAACUUUUAAAACUAUUAAAAGUGAUAUUAAAGCGGGCUCUAAAAAGUACAAUAUUAAGACCACAAAAAGUCUUGACGCUUUUUCUUUUGCAAAACAUAACAAAUUGACGUCAAAACUUAUGUGUCGCUAAUAUAACGAUGUAACAAGGCUUGUCGUUUCACUUUGAACUUUUUCAGAUGUAAUAUACGACCCAGAAAUCCUGGAAGCCUUCUUAAAUACAGUAACUCUGAUUUUGAAACGAAAUUCAAAUUCUCGAGCAAUUGUAGCCUUCAAGGAACGGAAUCCGGACACACUUCAGAUGUUCAUGGAACGUUUAGGUAGGCUUUUUGAAAGUUAAAAGGGAAAAAAUUUUAAAAAAUUGAAAAAAGUGGCCAGAAAUUUGAAAAAUAAUCAAAAUUGUUAGUGUAAUAUCAGUAGCUAUCUUAAAACAGUGAAAAAAAAGAGAAAAAUUUGCGAAAUAGUCCUCAAAUUUUUAAUUUUUGUGAAAUAGUCCUCAAAGUUUUAAGAUUUGUGAAAAGGACCUCAAACUUUUUAAAUUUGUGAAAAAGUCUAUAAAAUUUCAAAAUUUGUGAAAAGGUUCUUAAAGUUUUGAAAUAUGUCAAAAAAGUCCUCGAAAUGUCGAAAAAAUUGAAAAAUAUGCUUGUAGACUCUUCGACCCUCGAAAUUGAAUUGUUUGUUGAAACGAAAGCUGAAACCCCAUUUUCGACCGUUUUAAACUACAAAGAUGGUACUUCUGUGGCCAUUGACAAUGUCAUACCUCCCGACUCUUGUCUGGACAACUUUAGGAUUUUAAAAUUAAAAAUAAAUUGA